GAAGUGGUACGAGAAUUUCAAUUAUGACGUCAUAUGACGAAACUUUGCUAAUAAAAAUUCGAAGAAAAUCGCAGAAGACAGCAAAAAUAUUUUGAGUCCUUGACAUUGAUUUCUCUCUCGCUCGCUUUUAUGAAGAAGAGCUGGUUCACUGAGCACAGUUACCAAUGGGAAACAGAAUAGGAAAGAACAAAGUUCCUCUGAGAAGGACAAGAGAUAUCAAAUCUUGUAGAGGUUCAUCUUUAUCCAACAGCAAAGAGUCCAUAUUAACUGCUACGACUAUAAACAGUAGGUGUCUUCUCUUAAGAGACGAGGCUGAUGAGCAUGAGUUUCUUGAGGAAGAAUGCAGCAGCAGUGAGCAGCUGGCCAGUUCUCAUCAUCAUCAUGGCGUCUCUGCUUCUCCUCCUUAUAGCAGUGACGAGGGAACCAUCAUCGUUAAUAAUGGCUCUGAUCCAGAGCACAGCUACUCUGAUCAGGAUUUACCAACCGGAGAUCUGGUCAGGUCUGAUGAUCGUCAGCGUCAGCAAGCAUUUGAAGAGGAAAUACUGCCUAACCUGGCCAUGCCUGAGAGGAUCCUUAAGAAACUAACAACUGAGGAAUGGAAUGAGUUGGUUCAUGUGUUUUGUCUGUCACUGGAACAAUCAGUCAAAUCCACGCUCCCACAGCAACCACAACCAUCAUCAGCCACAAGUCCAGUAGCUGAGAAGAAGAGAAACUCCAGCAACAUCACCACAAGCAGACACGGCUCUUCUCAUAAAUAUACUUUAGACGAGACCAAGAAAAGAUCAGCGACAGCAAAUUAUUGUCCCGUGGGGUCAAAGAAACAGAAAAGUCACCAUCACCACGGUAGGAAGAGACGUCCUCUGUCUCUGCCCCCACCUGAUAAUCCUCCCCCAGGGGGACAGGAGAGAAGGAAGAGAAAGACAGGGACAUUGGAUACUGGCAACCAAGACGAGGGCAUGCAUCACGAGUCCCACCAUCGCUCCCGAUGUCACUCCAACAGUCACCACUGUCGUAGGAAGAACUGCAGUCACAAUCGGGCCAAGUUCAUCACGCUAGGACAGCUAAAGGAUCUUGGACUGGCUCUCAAUACAAAGGAGAAUGAUGGGAGCCAGUCAAGCGACCAUCACAACUCUUUGCGGCGUAGUAUCACUUCCCCCCAUAACCUGGAGCAGUUGUGCUACCUCGGCCCCGAGAGGAUAAACGGGAGGACUGACGAUGAGCAGGACUCAUCGGCUAGCAACAUGGCAGUGGCUGAUUACGAUGUGUCCAGCACUCCUGUCCUUCCUGUUCCUCCUCCUCCUCCUGUACCUCUCACAUUUAAAGUGAAGCACUUGCAUAAACACAACCAUUUUCAUGUUGUGCAUCACACGACUGAUCUAAUGCCUCCUGACCUCUCCUCUGGCAAUAGAGAAAGGCACUAUCAUCAAAGCCUCGUGUUGGCACAAGGGACAUCUCACUAACUCAUUUCCUUCUCUUCCUCUCUCUCUCUCCGUUUCUAUGUUCAUAUUUAUUCACUUACAUAAUAUUAACAUGCACUGGAUUGAUGUACAUAAUACUAUUUACACAUAAAGUAUUUGAAUAAAGAAUAUUAAGCAAAAGAA